ACCGGUUCAUAUAAUCCUCACUGUUUUUGGCCGUGGCCAGGAAUCGAACUCUCGUCACUGAAUUCGGAGUGCAUUGUGCAAACCCGCUGCGCCAAUACUCCGUCUAUGUCCUACGCGUCUUAAAAUUAAAUAAUUGCACUUGUGUAUGUGUGAAGAUCAAGUUAUUGCAUGUCCCUUAAAAUGUAAUCAGUGCGGCAGUGUACAUUUUGAUUUGUGUGCCGCAUCAUAAUAUUAUUGAGUAGGUGUUUGCCUGAGGCUGUUGCAAUGUCAUUACUUAUGCCAUUGUGCUUUCCUUAUGAUGUGCUCUGUAACAAUACCUCCCCUGAAAGCCCCUUAGCUCAGAAUUAAAAAAUGCCAUGCGUUUGUUGUGCGGUGACGAUCAAACCAAGCCCCUCUUGUGCCACGCUCUCGCCUAAAAACUUGUCGGUUCUUGCUCCAAAAGUUUCCGAGGUGGAUUUGUGUGUGUGUUUGUCUAUUGAUUUAGUGUGUAUAUGUGUGUGUGUGCUUUGGCGCGCGCGUGUGUGUGUGCAAAUGUUUGCACACUAUAAAGCACCUCCGUGCAUUUUGAGUGCGAGCUCAGGUCAGCAGUGUUUUUGUGAUGGUGAGAGGGUGUGUCAGUCACGUGGAUAUCUAGAGGGGGGGUUUUCGGUCACUUUUAUAUUGAAGGCACACGCUAAGAAGUGUUUCAACUCUCUGGUGUCUUUUGACAUUUCCCGGCUGUGCCCUAGGAGAGGGCCCAUUCGACAUUCGCGUGCAACUUUGUGGCCGCUAUCUCGUUAUCCAUCUCUUGCACAGGAGACUCUGUUAACAGUAACUCGCGGAAUUUUGUGUGAUUUAAAAAAAACAUUUUCUUUUCGACGUCGUCGUCUCUGGCGUGGUGGCUUGCCGCUCAUGCACCCGCGCACGCAAGCCAUGCCCUCCUACAGGGUGGCCAGGAUGUACACCUACAGGGUGUUCUGUUUCGUCAAUUCCACGGUGAAGAUAAUGGAGCGACCGGAGGAGAAAGAAGUUCUAUUGCCAACAUCUCUGACACCUGACAAGGUUGCAGAGGGCUCGGUCCGGGUGACCCUGCAGGAGACGGUAGAGCUGGAGCGCGGAGCAGGGCUGUGGGGUGGCCACGCCUUCACCUACCUGUGCCUGUGGUACGGGCUCAGCUUCUGCACGCUGGUGCUCAACAAGUACAUCCUCUCGCUGCUGGGCGGCGAGCCCGCCACGCUGGGAGCGGUGCAGAUGGUCUCCACGACGGUCAUCGGCUUGAUACAGAUGUGCCUCCGGAAGUCUUCCCACAAGGACUUCCCCCCCAACUUCGUCUCCGCCAUGACGCUCAUGGGCGGCAUGAGGUGUGCCACAGUGGUGCUGGGCCUUGUUUGUCUCAAGAACGUGGCGGUGUCGUUCGCUGAGACGGUGAAAAGUUCCGCACCGAUCUUCACCGUUCUCAUGUCACGCUUCAUCCUUGGAGAGCACACCGGCUGGCGGGUGUCCGCGUCGCUCAUGCCCGUCAUGCUGGGCCUGUCCAUGUGCACAGCCACCGAGGUCGGAUUCAGCUCGCUGGGUUUCAGUGCUGCCCUCUCCACCAACAUCGUUGACUGUUUACAGAACGUGUUCUCCAAGAAGCUUCUGAGUGGUGACAAAUAUCGAUUUACGCCUGCGGAGUUGCAGUUCUAUACGAGUGGAGCCGCCGUGUUGAUGAUGAUCCCUGCCUGGUUGCUCAUGACGGACAUGGUGUGGCUCGCCGUGCCCAUCACGCCAGACCUGGCUGGCCUCCUCGUGACUGACGGAGCUCUCUUCCAUGCACAGAGCGUGUGCGCGUUCGCUCUCAUGGGAUACAUCUCCCCCGUCACGUUCAGCGUUGCGAGCACCAUGAAGCACGCGCUUUCCAUCUGGCUCAGCGUGCUCGUGUUCGGGAACCCCGUGAGCGUCGUCUCCGCCGCGGGCAGCGCCCUCGUCGUGGGUGGGGUCGCGCUCUACAGCCACGCUCGUGCUCACGGGGGGCACGGGGUCACGGCGGCCAUGCACGCGACGCACGGCACGCAGGGAACGCACGGCGCGCCCAGCAACGCUUGCAAGCAGAUUAACGUGCAGACGCAAACACACACACACGCGUUGUGAUCGGGGCCAGCAGUCGGCCCUCCCGUUUCCUGGCAGUGAUGCCCUCCUUAUGAUCCCACGGUGAGCUUGGGGAUCAACACGAUAAGACGGAUGGUAAAUUUUGAUCAGGCGUAGGCAGAGAGGAGGUUAUGAACACCUCGCUUUUACUGGCCACGCGCUGGAGGCAAAAGCCUUUUUGCUACUGGCCAUAUCGACCUUAUAGUAGCCACGCCUCUGCCGACGACGCAGCUAUUGGCUCAGCAAGGAGGGGCUCCCACAAGUCUUUAACAAUUGGGUCCCUAUUGUGGAACACAACAGAGUGUUUGAUUGAAUGGAAGUGCCUGGAAGUUUGACCAUUUUCCUUCCAGUUAUUGUGUCACAGUGAGACACAAGUCAUUAAAUCCCAGGAGUUUGAUUCACUGGUGGACUAUCCAUCCGUAUCGUGUAUAAUAAUGAUACGUCAACGAAUCAAAAUAUCUCUUGUAGUAAUUUGGAGCCAUCCUCGUCUGUGAUGACCCUGGGUUGUUGGUGGAAAUUUCACAUUUCUGUUACGCAAGUCGCGUUCUCAUGGGACAACCACCACUGUUGAGUUCCUGCAGGGUUGUACGAAGUUUACUGACCACGGCAGGAUGAUGGGUUGACUUGAUACUUUACCACACGAUUUUAGCUCGGAAACCUGCUUGUAAAUUGGACACACUAACUACUGUGCUGGCUGAUUGAUGUAUAUACAAUUGCGAUUUUUUUGUACAUAAAUUGAAGAUACCUCUAUAUGGUUUGCGAGCACAUGUCAAAACACCACGCCAGAAAAAGUGUGGGGUUCAAUUCUUAGGGCCUGGCAGUGACAUUUUACAGAUGGUCUUCACAACGAGUGGCAACUUCACACAAACAUGAGUUUGAGAAUGGGGUUCAAACAAUUCACCUACAUCCCUGAGAUUGAAAGAAAUACUGCAGCUUUAGCAGUAAAAAAAAACUGAAGGUCAUGGGAAAAAUAUACUGUACCUGUAAACUAACAUCCCCCAAUGUAUGUGUUUGUAUAUGUGUCUUAAUGCCAGUAAAUGUUAGUUAUACAUGGUGCUAAUGUGGUUUAAGAGCCUUGGCCUUGUGGAAUUAAAUAACGCCCCACCCUGUAGAAUCGGCACCUUUGUUGUAAAUAUCAGUAUUAAUGUCAAUGCCAUUCUUAUGCGCCUGUGUGUGUGUGUGUGUGGUGGGAAGUAGUAACAUCGUCGUUCACUCACCACACCCUAAUCCUUGCAACUCGAAUUUGAAUCCGAGCCAUAACGGACACCAGUGGCAUGGGGAUUUGAAACCUGUCCUUGGCUUCCUCCUCUAGGUUGACUCAGUUUUUAACGGGUACUGCACCUGCUGUGGUGUUGAGAUCAUCAACAUCGAGUUGCUUUUCAUUUCAGGCUGUGGUGACCUCGGGAAAGGGUGGUCCAUCCCGUAUUCACAUACCAAUUCUCCCGAGCUGUCUAUGUGUGUGCGUGUGAUUGCAUAUUUGAAUAUGUAUAUAUCAUACAUUGUAAAGAUUUUACCUUGCAGUCGGGGCAAGUGCGUUUAGCUGUCACUUAUUCUAAAAUGUAAUAUAUAUAAUCACAAAGUACUUAUGUACAAGUCUCGUUAAGGUGUACUGUGAAGAUAAUUUAGAAUCAAGUCUUAAGGAAAUAGAAUAUUGUGUUACGUUAACACAACUUUGUCUAAACCGUGUGCUCGAUGCAUUACAGCUACACCACUUAAACAUCUCAAUUAAGCAUCAAUCUUAAUUCAGGGACUAGUUUCUUCAGAAAUGCGUCCACGUUUCCUGUUGUAACUUGGCGGCAAACUUGUCUUUCUUAAUUCUAUGAUUUUAGUUGCGUUCAUACUUUUCUGGUGAACGUGUAAUAGCUUUUUCAUGUGUUACAAAGCAGAAUUUUACGUGCGUGUGCAAUAUUUGGUAACCAGACUUAGACCAACCCCAUACAAAAUCUUGACUUAAAGCUUUCGUGACUGCAGGAAUUCAUAUUCUUUGGGUCUUUCGGUAAAGUCACGUAGAUAUAACAAUAAAAUAAUAAAAAUAAAGUGAAUAAAAAGUCAUAAAAAUAUCAUGUUUUGAUCGCAACUGAUGACAAUUGCUUGUGUUGCGAUCGAAACGUGAUAUUUUUAUUGUUUUAUUCACUUUAUUUUUAUUAUUUUAUUGUUCUAUCUACGUGACUUUACCGAAAGACCGAAAGAAUAUCAACUCCCUACACUUGAGACAGACCAACAGAAAACUUCAUACCCCCGGUAACAACCUGCUUCAAUAGCUGGUGGCUGAAACGAUAUUGGUUGAGUGCUUUUGGCCACAGCCAUUCAAAGCCACCCAGUCACAUGCUGAACGUUAAUUUUAAUAUCAACCUAUGCUUUGUGGGACCACGUGUCAAAACGAAAAAUGCAGGAACUUGAUUUGGAGAAGAAAAAAACCAUACACAUGCAAGUAAAGGUGUAAAAACAUAAUCUAAUAAUUUUGCAAGCUGCGUCUUUUCAAAUAUCCUAUUGUUUGCAAUUGCUCAUUACAUUGCCAACGUGGGUGUACGAAUUGUAAUUAUUUGAUGCCAAAACAUGUUUUGCAUUACAAUGUUGGUUUAUUACGUUACAAAUGUAUAAAGUGAUUACUGUGUUUUUUGUUAUACCUGAUGAAUCAAAAGGGCACAAAGCAGAUGGGCCAACGUGCCCUAUGUUAAGCAGAAUUUUUUCAAGCGCGCGGUGUACCAUAUUUUACAGAUAUGUUCGGGAGAUGACGAUGCAUCCCUAACUUGUGCACAGUGUCAAUCUUGCAGAAUAUAAAUAUGGUCAGACACCUGCAAGGUUAUAUGAGGCACUCCCAAAUAAGCAUGUUUGUGGUGACAUAAUCUCAUUUGGCAUCCUUGAAUGAGUUGUAGAAAUUCCACAUUCCCAUGGUGGAGACCAGUCUACUUGUAGAAUGACCACUAUAACUUCCCACAAAAUGAGUCUUUAUUUUGUUGGCCCUGGAGAUAUGAACGGCUGGGUUGAUCUCAAACCUGGAUAUAUUGCGAGUGAUAUCCUCUGGCAAUUGCGCCAUGUGGCUGGAAAUCAUGAGAAAAUGGGCACAGAUUUCUUCGCCGUUUCAUAAAUUCUGAAUUGUACAAAUCUAAAGAGUUUACAAGUAAUGACAAGCACCCAUGUAGUUUCUCGCUUUGUUUUAAGGGUCAUGAAACAAAAAAACUAGGAUGGUAUGCGCACCUGCUUGCAUGGGACCCAGAUUCAGCACCCACUCGCUGGAUUGCACGUCCACAGAUUGUGGGCAUCUAAUGCACAUACACCAUCAUCGCAGCUCUUGAUGCUAGACCUCGUCAUUCAGACUCCCAUCCCUGUGUGGGCCGUUAACCCAACCUCUCGGUUUGAAGGUUGAGGAGUGAGCCUGUAGAGAUGGGCAGUCUUCACUACAUGCAUUGGCAGUAGUGGUUUUGUAAUGUCUGUAAAACUGCGAUGUUUGAGUUGAAAUAAAAGCUUUUUUUAUCAUU